AUGAACGGCAUCAACGGCCUUAACGGCCACGCGGCCCUGCCUGAUCUCUGGCAGGAGGCACGAAAUAGCGAUGGUCGCGUGUACUACUUCAACACAAUCACGAAGGCGACGCAGUGGACCAAGCCAGAGGACUUGAUGACACCUGCAGAGCGUGCUCUUGCAUCCCAGCCAUGGAAGGAGUACACUGCAGAGGGCGGAAGAAAGUAUUGGUACAAUACUGAGACAAAGCAAAGCUCGUGGGAGAUGCCCGAUGUCUACAAGCAGGCUCUAUCUAAGGAAGCACCUGCCCAGAUACCAGUCGCGCCAGCUCCAACCUUUGUUGCCGGAGGCGGAUUUUCGUCUUCUCAAUUUGACCAACCACGAGAUAGGGAACCACUGGGCGAAGCGCGUCAAAUCGCGUAUGGCAAUGAUGUUAAUGGAUCCCGUGCGCAAGUAUUCGUGCCUGCAAAUACCGACCCUGAUUAUGCUACCUUCGAAGAAGCUGAGGCAGCCUUCCUCAAGCUCCUCCGUCGCAAUAAUAUCGAUCCAAAUUGGACCUGGGAACAGACGAUGCGAUCUAUCAUCAAGGAUCCUCAAUACCGAGCGCUUAAAGAUCCCAAGGAUCGGAAGGCGGCUUUCGAGAAAUAUGCCCUGGAAGUGCGCCUGCAGGAGAAGGAUCGCGCGAAAGAGAGAACCGAGAAGCUCCGUAAAGACUUUGCUACUAUGCUGAGCAGCCAUCCAGAAAUCAAGCAUUAUACUCGCUGGAAGACAGCACGGCCAAUCAUUGAGGGAGAGACCAUCUUUCGAUCAGCAAAGGAUGACGAUGAACGGCGCCAGCUAUUUGAGGAUUAUAUCAUCGAACUCAAGAAGGCUAAUGUUGAGCGUGAAGUGACCACACGGAAAGCAGCAAUGGAUGAGCUUAUUGAGAUUCUUAGAGGUCUUGAUUUGGAACCAUACACGAGGUGGUCUGAGGCACAAGGUAUCAUCCAAUCUAACCAGCGCUUUCAAGGCGAUCAAAAAUUCAAAUCACUCAACAAGUCCGACAUGUUGACCGCCUUCGAGAAUCACAUCAAGACUCUGGAGAAGACUUUUAACGAUGCCCGUCAACAACAAAAGAAUCAGAAAUCUAGGAGAGAACGUCAGAAUCGGGACCGCUUCCUGGGCCUCCUUCAUGAACUGAAGGCCAACAACAAAAUCAAAGCUGGGUCGAAGUGGAGUAAGAUUCAUCCACUGAUCGUAGCGGAUGAGAGAUAUCAAGCAAUGCUUGGUCAACCUGGUUCCACGCCCCUUGACUUGUUCUGGGAUAUGGUGGAGGAAGAAGAACGGGCAUUACGCAGCACCCGGAAUGAUGUCUUGGACGUUCUUGAUGACAAACGGUUUGAAAUUCAACAGAAGACAACUUUUGAAGGCUUCCUUGCUUUAAUGCAGAAUGAUCGACGCACUGCUGACGUUGACCGAGACGCACUCUCUUUGAUAUUCGAACGGUUGCACGAAAAGGUUUCUCGACGCAGUGAAGAUGAUAAACACCAAGCUGAGCGUCAGCAACGUCGAGCAGUUGAUGCCCUCCGGUCUUUCAUUAAACAUCUUGAUCCUCCGGUGCGUAUUGAAGAUACUUACGAGAGGGUUCAACCUCGCAUUGAAAGGUCCGAAGAGUACGUUGCAGUAGCAUCCGAUGAGCUUCGUCGAUCAGCUUUCGAGAAAGUGGUCAGGAGGCUAAAGGAGAAAGAAGAGGACGCAGAGAAAGAGCGCCUCAAGCGCCGAGACAGGUCUUCGGUAGACAGAUCAACUCGCCGAGAUGAUCGAGGCGAGAGAGACCGAGGUGAGAGAAUCCGCCGUACUAGUGGACGUCAUGACCGCAGCCCGGAACCAGAUGCAUAUGAAGCAGAUCGGCGAAAGGCAAUUGCGGACCGAGAAAAGAAUUAUCGAAAAGCAAGCGUUGCAGAUACCUUGUUAUCCCCAAGCCGUAGAGGUGACCGGUCUGAGCGGGACCGUGAUCGUGAUCGAGAGAGAGAGAUGGAUCUUAAUAAGUCACAUCGCAGUCGGCGCGACGACACAAUAAGCCAUUAUGAUCGAGACCGAAGGGAUCGAGAAGAGGAGCGAGAAAAGCUCUACCGUAGGAGAGGGGACCCAAGGGGAAGCAUUGAUGAGCUGCCAUACGGUGACGAAAGACCUAGCGGCAGCAGGCGUCGUCGAGCUGACAGUGAUGUGGAGAGCGCUGGAAGCACUAGGGUAGCAAAGCGGUCGAGAAGAGAGCUAACACCACGUGAGCGUUCCCCGAUCCCUCCACGUGAACGGCGUCACAGGACUAGGACACCUCCUGCCCCACUACCACCGAAAGAGGAACCGGCCGUCCAUUCUGGAAGCGAGGAAGGCGAGAUCGAGGAGGAGUAG